GGGAAUUAGUACUGUCCUCUCUGUCUUCUGCCUCUGUACUCCCUGUCCACUCCCUCCUCCAUACAUCCCCCUCUCUAUACGGAGUACGACCUCUCCAUACGAAGAUACGAACCCACGGCCCAACGGGACUCCCGACACUCCCUCCACCAAUCCCCUUUCCACAGCAUGUCGCUCGUCCGUCUCCUGGUCUAAAGCGGUUUAACGCCAAUAUUCGUCCUCAGCCCAGGCGCAGGCUUGCACUGCCCUGCAGACAGGUUUUUCUCUUGGCACGUCCCGUCGGCCUCGCAGAAGACGCCGCCACACACCUCACUCUCCCUUCCUCCUGAGCGGUUUCCAUCUCGUCCGUCUGCUGCUGCUUGUCCUCCAUCGCAAUCAAUAGCCCGCGCGUCGCGAUGAACUCGUCUGCAAGCGCCAGCGCCGACAAGGCCUACGACGAGGAGCGUCUGGCCUGGGGCGGGUCCGUCACCAAGAAAUACCUCCAGCUGCCGCGUCUCAGGAGGGUCUCCAUCUACCUGCUGCUGGCCGACGUCUUCAUCGUUGCCUUUCUGGUCCACGCCUUCGAGCCGCUCAUCACCCUGUUGGUCCGGAAUGAGGAGCUCUUUGGCUCUCGCCUCGUGCUGCCUCUGAAUGAGACCUUGCACCCAAAGCCUCCCGCAGCCCUAAAUAAGAUCCCGCGCAUUCUGCACCAGACGAGCGCUACCGAGAUUAUCCCAGACAAAUGGAUUCAUCUGCAGAAGAGCUGCAAAGAGACUUAUUCUGAGUUUGAAUACAAGCACUGGACCGACGAGCUGGCUCGUGACUUCAUCGCAGCAGAGUACCCCUGGUUCGUGGAUACCUGGGACAACUACGCCUUCCCCAUCCAGCGCGCAGAUGCCAUCCGCUAUUUCGUUCUCCACGAAUAUGGCGGCAUCUAUCUUGACAUGGAUACACUGUGCAACGAAACCAUCCCGUUCCACCUCCUCGAGUCUGAUGGAGAGGCUCAUCACGCCGUAUUCAAGUCAACAACACCAACUGGUGUUUCUAACGAUCUCAUGAUUUCAUCCCCCCGCCAUCCCGCCUUCAAGACAGCCCUUGACAACCUCCUCUUCUAUAAUGAAAUCACCCGGUUCUGGGCUCCUCUCCUGCCCCACGCCGCCAUCAUGGUUGGCUCCGGACCCUUCUUCUUGACCAUGUCGGUCAAGAACUACUUGCUCCAAAGGCCUGCGCCGCCUGCUUCGUCGGUGCAAGUCGUGAACGCAACCGAGUUGGCGCCAUACAUCACCGACCUCGAAGAUAGCUCAUGGCACCAUGGCGACACGAGCACUCUCAUGUUUGUCGGCGACCGGCCGUGGAUUUGGUUCGGCUUGGGUGCACUAGGCCUCGGCAUCGGCCUGCACAUCAUCAACCAAGGCCUUCUUCUAGCCUGCAAGGGCCUUGGUAAACUACCAUCGGUCACUAGUAUCAAAGUGGCAAAAUUAAUAUAGGGGGGUAGUUCUUGCAAUGUACUAUAAUACUUAAUCUUUCAACGUACUGGUAUCGCGAGAGAUUUUCAAUACAAUUUUUAUUACUGAUGAGAA